GCUGAUGGUGGACAUCCUCCAGAGGCUCCAGAGGAGGCAACUUCGGGGGCCUUGGCUUUGACCCAGCAGGCUCAACUCAAGGGAGUUGCAGCUGCUUUGGAUGUGGAUGAUCGAGUAUCUCAUGCAAUGCAAGAAGAAUCUGUUUUGGACAUGAUGAAAAAGCAGGUAGAGUUGGAAGAAUCAUCUGCACCAACAGCAGACACAAUCAAGGCUGUCGAAGAGGAGAUUAAGGACAAGCAAAGAGUCUUUCAUUCUGCCACCACUGCGGAUGCGGCUGCGGCUGCAAGCAAUGCUGAUCAGGCUGAUCAGGCGGCAGGUGACGGUGCGAGUGUGUUUGAAGCUUGGACGCCGAAGCCAAAUCCAGACUCUUGUGAAGAAAUAGAGCCCAAACUGGACGAUGGCAAGGACACGGGUAGCAUAGUUGCUAUUGCUGUUCCUACAGCUGCUACAGGGCUUGCUGCUCAGGAACAAUCUUGUGAGAAGGGAGUGCCUGAGGAGAACAAAGUCACAGUUGACACGGUCAUUGACACGGUUGAAGUUGAAGUUCAAGAGCUUCAGGCUCCUGAAGAAGAGGGCAAAGCAGACAAAGCACAUUCAACAGCUGUUGAACCAGCUUCCACAGCCACAGCGGAAAGGAAAGACACUGCCGCUCAGGAACUGCGUGACAUUCCUGCUGCAGAUCAAGCACCUGACCAAGCUUGUGAUGAGGGCCAAGAGAAAGCUUGUGAUGCUGAUGAGACAAUUUCAGAGGCGCUUGGCAACCUUAUGCUUCAAGAAGAGCUUAAGUUGGACUCUGAGUUUGAGCCUGAGCCUUCAACACAGCCGGCUGAUGCCAGCAGCAAAGCUGAUGUCCAUGCUGGAGAGCAGUGUGAGGGCAAGCAGUGCUUGCUUGUUCGCAAGCCACGCUCUACGGUACAAUCCUUGCAAGAAGCUUUUGACUUCUGGGACAACUGCUUUGACAUUCUUUGCGAUGGCAAGGAAUCCGAGGAGUGCUUUGAGCUUUUAGACAGACUCGAGCAUUCCUUGCAAAGCAAUUCCUUAUCUACUGCAUUUUCCGGAGUUAGAGCUCCUGAGACAUCUGCAAAUGUUUUGAGAUUCCGCCUUGGAGAAAGAUUGGGAAGAGAGAUCAAGAAUGACCAGGGGAAAUUACAACACAUGAUCGAGUGGAACAAGCACUGCCAAGAGGAGUGUUUGUUGGCGGCAAAGCUGGAGAACUCCUGCUUGUUUGGCGAUAUUUGCCAGUUCUAUCGAGAGGAACUCCGUCAGACUUUGAUUCCUCAAUUGCAGCAGAAACCGAACACGGCAAUCCAAGCUUUGACCCCAUUGAUCCUUUCUGGCCGAGCGGUGACAACUGUUGGCCAUUGUCGUACCUACCACUGUGACUGUGGCUGUGGAUUGCCACAGUGCUUUGACAUCUUCAUCUUCAAGUUCCAAACCAUCAGGGAGGUGCAAGUCAUGUCAGCCAAGGCUGAAGCCAAGCCGGUCAAGGCUGGCAAGCUUACAGGGCUUGACCCAAGUUCGAAGCCUGCUGAUCUUGACCUUUAUGAUCCCAAAUGCGGCAUUGAAGAUCUCUUUGGAAGUUUGAGUGGUGCUGCACUGCUUGAGAGGAUGCUUCUUUGGUAUCAAGUGGACGAGAUUCAGUGCAUGCCGUGGUUCAGUGAAGACAGCCAAGGCCAUUCUCGAACCAUCGUGCGGUCGCCCUUCAGUCGAGAGCUGCAGGAGUCAACAAUUGCGAGGUACCAGUCCAGGAUCUAUGAUGAGGGAUUGAGCCAAGUGGUUUCAGGACUGCUGAGCCAGUGGAUUUUCGGGGUGGGGCUGGGCGGGCUGGGCGAAUAUAAGGCCCUUCGGCUGGAGACAGCAUGGAAAAGUGAAUGCUGCACGACCAAGUUGAACACAUAUAACCCGAAGUACCAAGCUGCGUACGAAGAGUUCGUUUUGAAGAAGAGUUCAAGCAGUGAUUACUCGGGCUUCUUUAAGGCCAAGCAGCCAUUCUACAGCGCCAUUAGCUUGGCACACAACUUGCAGAAUUUGAACAUCUACACUCGGUUUGAGGUUUGGUGCAAUACAUACGUGGACUACUUGGAUACCCGAUACAAUCCUCAUACCUGUGUGGCACAAAUGCAUGCGAUCACAGUGAUGAUUGUGAAUGGCCAGAAGAAAUUCAUCUCCAAGGAGAAAAUGGGCUACAUUGUUUUCGAAGCUUUGAAAGCCUGUGUUCCUGUUUCUGCCGCAAACGUGGCCAAGUCUUCCGGGAGAAGUUUGACCUUUGUGUUCAACAGGGGCGGCUCUGAGAUCGGCAAGCUGAUGAACUUGAUCAAUCUACCCAUGGAGAAUAGUGCUGUGGUUCGCAAGAUGCUCAAGAAAGACGCUCCUGGCUCUUCCACAAGCACCGCUGUCAGCAAGCCGAAGACGGCAGAUGUCACCUUGCAGGUCAAGGCACAGCUGUGUGGAGUCAGUUCCUUGGGCAUUCAGUUGAAGCCCGGCGAAUUGAAGAAGUUGCAUGGUGCCAAAGGUGCUGGCUGUGAGAGCGAGGCUUGA